ACCGGGCUGACACACUCAGUCGCGCAGUGACUGUGAGAGGUGAUACACGUCGUCCGUCUCUUCUGUUCUCAGGACUGAGGAGUUACUACACCCUUCAAGGACACCUCGGGGAGGGGUUAGAGCAUGCCAGAAUACCUGCCGUGAGCACCAGCAGGAUAUGACCCGUCACGACCCACCUCCUGCAGGAGUUCGGGAUUACUGUCGUAUCCCAGAACACAAUUAUGGCGUGUGGGACGCUACGGAAAAGACGGCCAUGUUGCGGGCCGGGGACAAGCUGCCUAAUUCCUAUGGCAGUAUAGGAGGGGGCGGGGAAGAACCCCUCCACAACCACUGCAACAACCACCCACAACCCGCCCCCUCCUCCACUUCCAUCACAACCACCCCCACCAGGUUCUGGGUCCUUGCUGUCUUCUCCAUACUCUCGUGGGUCGAGGGGAUGCAGUGGAACACCUGGGGGCCCAUCAGCGAGAGCAUGGAGGCGGCGUUCCCCGGGUGGGGGUCGUCCACGGUGGCCAUGAUGUCCGGCUGGGGCACCACCAUGUUCGUGGUCUUCGUCUUCCCCAUGUGCUGGGCCACGCUGCGCUACGGCCUGCGCUCCGUCGUCGUCGCCAGCGCGGUACUGAUCUUCCUGGGCACGGCGCUCCGCUGCCUCACUCGCGCCCUUCCCACCUUCACCAUCAUGUGUCACGUGUGUGCGGCACUGGUGGGGGUGUCGAGCACUCUGGUGUUGUCGGCGCCUACGCUCAUCGCCUGCGACUGGUUCCCCGCCCACGAGAGGACUACAGCUCUCGCUGUGAUGCUAGGGGCCAGUCAGCUGAGCGGUCUGGGCAGCUUCCUGGAGCCGCUGCUGGUCCGGCUGCCAGGACCUCACGUCUCUCCUCUCGAUAUACAGACAGAUGUUAUGAAACUCCUCUACAUAGACGCGGGCGUGGCGGGGGUGCUGCUGUUGGCGAUACUGGUCUACUUCCCGUCUAAACCGUCCCGGCCACCAUCCCUCACCUCAACCACCACCAGACUUGACCUGAUCCCGGGCCUCUGUACCCUUGUCAGGAACCGGCGGUGGCUGGGUUUGGUGUUGACGUAUGGCGCCGUGGUGGGUCCCGCCAUCGGCUGGCUCACGGUCCUCAACUACUCCCUCAUCCCACUGGGGCUUCACCAGGACGAGACAAUGUGGAUAGGUCAGGCGACGGUGCUGGUGUCGAGCGUGUCACCGUUGGUAUCUGGUCGCUUCACGGACCUGGUGCAGGGACACGUGAGGGCGUCCCUGGUGGGGCUCAUGCUGGCCACCACUGUCUGCUUCUAUUGGUUCCUCCUCCUCUCCUAUGGCGUCCUCCCCUUCACCAAGUGGCAGGUGUACGUCAGUGUGGUGGGAGGAGUCGCCUUCAACUACGCAACUAUUCCUCUCUUCUACGAGAUGGGGAUCGACCUGGCUUAUCCGGCGCCGGAGAUCCUGGUGUCUGGGGCCAUCACCGCCGCCGACAAUCUCACCACCACCCUCUUCCUCUCCAUUUUCUUCAUACCCAACGUUGGCUACCAGUGGGUGACGUACACACUGGUCCUCUCCACCUCCGUCACCAUCAUCCCGCUGUUCUUCAUCAAGUUCCGGUAUACCAGGUCUUCCAUUGACUCUCCCGACGAUUGAAUCUUCGGCAGCUGUCCUCAGCGAGGGCCUUCGGCAGCUGUGCUCAGCGAGGGCCUUUGGCAGCUGUCCUCGACGAGGACCUUCGGCAGCUGUCCUCGACGAGGACCUUUGGCAGAUGUCCUCAGCGAGGGCCUCCGGCAGCUGUCCUUAGCGAGGACCUUUGGCAGCUGUGUUUAAAAGGGGUCCUCAACAGGAGCCCUAAGCUGUGUUUAAUCAGCGGUCCUCAUUACGGGUAUUCGGCAGCAGUCUUAAGCAGCGGCUUUCAACAGGGUUCCUAAGCAGGUGUCUUCACUAGGGGUCCUUCGCAGCAGUCCCCCAAUAAAGUCGUCACCGUUGGUUUCCACUGGACUUCGUCGUCUGUUUUCUAGCGGUUGUUGCCAGUUUUAUUUUUCUGGUUCUACUCGCCAGGUUCGAUCUGGUAAUGCUUUCUGCUUUCCCUGCAUUCAUUUCUUUCUUCCUCUAUUCUAUUUCCUUUCUUACUCUGCUUUAUUACGUUCUUCCCAUAAUUCCAUAUUUCCUUCCAUUUUUUUUUAGCUUUCCUUAUCCCGUCUUUUCUCUUCUUUCAGUAUGAUCACAUUUCCUCAAGGCAAAGCUGUAUUGCAUUUAUACAUAAUAUGUAGACCCCAUAUAUAUAUAUAUAUAUAUAUAUAUA